UGAAAAGGUAGAUCUUUGAUUUAUCUUUCUAAAACAGUGUGUGUGAGAACCUUGUGUUGAGCAAGACUGAUGGUAGCUUGUAUGUAUUUAGCACGAUGUGCCAAGCCCAGUGUUAAGUACUUUUUACCUCACUUCCCAUGUUUCCAAUGAGGUUGGCUGUAGUAUUUUUCAUCUGACUGAUUUUUCUUUGUUUGUUUUUUUGGCUAAUGACUUCUAAAGACCUCCAGUUCCUGAACUCCAGCUAGGGUCCCAUCCCCAGAGUUUAUCAGAAGGUGUAGGUUGGGUCCAAGAAUUUUCAGUUUUUAGAAGUUCAUAGUGAAGCUGAUGCUGUAAAACCACGUAUCAAAUUGGGAAUCAAUGAAUUAGAAGAGGCUCAUGUUUUCGCCAUGUUACGUGCAAACUCCUCCGCUUUUCACCACGAAGAAAAGUUCCCUGUGGCCUCACCAGAAGCAGAUACCAGCACCAUGCUUCCUGUGCAGCCAGCAGAAAGGUAGCAAAUUACAUCUCUUUUCUUUAUAUGUUAAAAAAAACUAGAAGGUCAUUCAAGGUUUUACAAAAAGGCCCACAAACGAAAUACAGACAUCGUUCAAUUUAUUCAUACGUUUCAAUCCCCAAAUCUGAGAGGUGAAGCUGGUCUCCCAGGGCCUCAGAAGCAGGAGGAUUAAAGAAUGGGUCCCUUGCUGGCGACUUCAGCGCCGUGGCCUUGUCCCAGGUGGCCAUGGAAAUCAGGGUGCAUACCCUUUAAAAGCAGCUUUGGCCUCCGAGACACCGUUUUCACAGUCUUUCUUCCCCUCCCUGCGCGACGCCUCUUGGCGGACAUCCGGGAGAACCCGAAAGUCGCUCGUUGCCUGGUUGGAUGCAGCGUACAAACUACAUUACCCAGAAAUCUGUGCCCAGCGCAUUGGUAGCCGGAGUGCAGCCAAUGACAGCCCAGAAACUGGGUGUUUCCUGCUGCUCGGGGAGGCGGGGCGAGACCUCUGGCGUCGCCGUCGUGACGUAUUUUUCCUUUGCCCGGUCUGUGUAUUCUGGUUGUGAAGGCUGAGUCCUAGAUGGGGUCGCCUUUCUACUCGGCUCUCGCGGAACCUAGCAAGGAAAGACAGUGAAGGCUGCAGGACCUUCCUCCGCACUUUUGUUACAAUCCAUGACCCCUGUCGUGGGAAGGGCGGCCUCUCGCGGAGGUGUCUGCCGGGGCUGGGCUCUUACCGAGGCCUCCACACACGCCCUCUUGUCCUUGUCUCCGCCGGAGGCAGCCGCCUUAGUCUUGUGAGCGUUUUUACACCGGAUAGACUGAGACUCGCAGUGCUACACUCAGCCCGAGGGCGUCCAGCGCGGUGGAGGCGUGGGGUUUCGGCUGAGCCCACGGGGCACAGUCCGUUCACCCCCUUCUCACGUUCACCUGCUUCUCAUGGCAGCGGCGGUGCUGAUGGACCGGGUUCAGAGUUGUGUGACCUUUGAGGAUGUGUUCGUGUACUUCUCUCGGGAGGAGUGGGAACUCCUUGAGGAGGCACAGAGAUUCCUGUACCGUGAUGUGAUGCUGGAGAACUUUGCACUUGUGGCCACACUAGGUUUUUGGUGUGAAGCGGAAAAUGAGGAGGCACCUUCCGAGCAGAGUGUUUCUGUAGAAGGAGUGUCACAGGUCAGGACUGCUGAGCCAGGUCUCUUCCAGAAAGCACCCCCAUGUGAGAUGUGUGACCCACUCUUGAAAGACAUUUUGCACCUGGCCGAACACCAGGAAUCACACCCUACACAGAAACUGUGCACACGCGGGCCGUGUAGGAGAAGAUUCUCAUCCAGUGCAGACUUUUACCAGCACCAGAAGCAACAUAGUAGAGAGAAUUGCUUCAGAGGGGAUGAUGGAGGGGCCUCAUUUGUGAAGAGCUGUACAGUUUGCAUGUUUGGGAGAUCCUUUACCUGCAGGGAGGAAGGGACGGACUUACCAGACAGCUCUGGCCUCUUCCAGCACCAGACCACUUACAACAGGGUGAGGACUGAAUGCAUGGAGUCUUUCCCACACAGCUCCAGUCUCGGGCAACACCAGGGAGACUAUGAUGGACAGAUGCUCCUCAGUUGUGGUGAGGAAGGAAAAGCCUUCCUGGACACCUUUACUCUUCUUGACAGCCAGAUAACUCAUCCUGAGGUGAGACCCUUCAGAUGCCUACCAUGUGGAAAUGUGUUCAAGGAGAAAUCAGCUCUUAUUAAUCACAAAAAAAUCCACAGUGGAGAAACAUCUCAUGUGUGUAAGGAGUGUGGAAAAGCCUUCAUUCACUUGCACCACCUAAAGAUGCACCAGAAAUUCCACACUGGGAAAAGACAUUAUACAUGCAGCGAAUGUGGGAAGGCCUUCAGCCGCAAGGACACACUUGUUCAGCACCAGAGAGUUCACACUGGAGAGAGAUCUUAUGACUGCAGUGAAUGUGGAAAAGCCUACAGCAGAAGCUCCCACCUUGUUCAGCACCAGAGAAUCCACACAGGAGAAAGGCCCUAUAAGUGCAAUGAAUGUGGGAAGGCGUUUAGCCGUAAAGACACACUUGUCCAGCACCAGAGAUUUCAUACUGGAGAAAGGCCUUACGAGUGCAGUGAAUGUGGAAAAUUCUUUAGCCAAAGCUCCCACCUUAUUGAACACUGGAGAAUUCAUACUGGGGCAAGGCCUUAUGAAUGCAUAGAAUGCGGAAAAUUCUUUAGCCAUAACUCUAGCCUCAUUAAACAUCGGAGAGUCCACACAGGAGCAAGGUCCUAUGUGUGCAGCAAAUGUGGGAAGGCCUUUGGCUGCAAAGACACACUUGUUCAGCACCAGAUAAUUCACACUGGAGCAAGGCCUUAUGAGUGCAGUGAAUGCGGGAAGGCCUUCAGCCGUAAAGACACCCUUGUGCAACACCAAAAAAUCCACACUGGAGAAAGGCCUUAUGAGUGUGGUGAAUGUGGCAAAUUCUUUAGCCAUAGCUCCAACCUUAUUGUACACCAGAGAAUUCACACUGGAGCAAAGCCUUAUGAGUGCAAUGAAUGUGGGAAAUGCUUUAGCCACAACUCCAGCCUCAUUCUGCACCAGAGAGUUCACACAGGAGCAAGGCCCUAUGUGUGCAGCGAAUGUGGGAAGGCUUACAUUAGCAGCUCCCACCUUGUUCAACACAAGAAAGUUCACACUGGGGCAAGACCUUAUGAGUGCAGUGAAUGUGGGAAAUUCUUUAGCCGCAACUCUGGCCUCAUUCUACACCAGAGGGUUCACACUGGAGAAAAGCCUUAUGUAUGCAGUGAAUGUGGGAAAGCCUACAGCAGAAGCUCCCAUCUUGUUCGGCACCAGAAAGCUCACACUGGAGAAAGACCUCAUGAGUGCACCAGUUUUGGUGACCCUUUAGCUGCGUCUCUUAAACUUGUUUAACACCACAAAAUUCACACAAAGAGAAAGGCCUUAUGAAUGCAGAAAAUAUGUCAUCUUCUUGGUCAUCCUCAUAGGAUUGACACCAGAGCAAUGCUCUGUGAGUACCCUUUGUGAGAGAACCAUCAGCUAGCAGAUGAGCAUUGUACUUUCAUUCCACCCUGGGGAGAUUCCUGAUAAGCACCACAUAUGUGGGAAGCUUUCAUGAGGCGUGUUGCACUUUGUAACUGUCUAGGGUUCUUGAUGGAAUUAUAUCACUGCCAGUGCCUGUGGCGGAAGCCAUCUUAUUGCUACCAGCUGUGUGUAUCAAUCACUCCAUUUUGCUCAGGGAAGGCAGACCUCUGUGCUUUCUUUCCUGUUCCCUGCAGAUAAUCAUGAGUAUUUUCAAGGACCGCCCCCCCCAACCCCCCACCAUUGAGGGUCCUCAUCUUUUCCCUCAUGAUUAGGUUCUGAGCAAACAUGAUCUAGCUCUGGCUAAAAGGACCUGAGCUAGGGUCUGCUGGGAUUUCCUGACAAGAUUUUGUCAGGAAACGUGAUCGCUGUGACUUACUUGUCUUAUUGCCAAAUCGCCCAGGUUUGGAACUGCUUGUCCCAUGCUGCUCUGGUUUAGACAGUGAUAAAGGCCUGUUGUGGCAGCCUUUACUCUUGGGGAUUUUGUUACUGUGUAGACUAGAUUGAGAAAAGAGUUGGGUUCUGUCGUGAAGGGAGUAACACCUUUUGUGGGUACCACCUUUAUGUGCCUCAGAGGGGACCAAAGGAUGGCAGAAGACAGCUCUCAGUCUAGUUUGACCUAAUUUACACCAUUGCCCUAGGCCUGCUGGAAAGACUAAAAAAAAUUUCGUGCCUAACUUUGUGGCCUGGCUGCCAGGAUUUCCUGUGAGCCCAAUGAGGGCAUAGUUGGUGUGAAAAUCUGUGCUUCUGGAAGCACCAUAAGUUGGGUCCCUUGACUGUCACGUACUCCCCAGCACUGUUGAGGGAUUGCUGUUUUCUGUACCUGUACAGGAUCAAGUCCCUGAUAUCCAGAAUCCCAUAGGCAAGUGACAUUGACUGUAAGACCUCUAGGGCAAUGUGAAAAUCGUGAUUGGUACAUAAACACUGAGAUAAUGGAGUGGGGAUGACUGUGGCAAACCAAAGGAGAUUCAAACAUUCUAGCAGGGCAUCCACAAAUAUUGGUGCAGUUAUGAUGGUGUGGGAUGGGGGUGCAUAGAAAUUCUCAGUACCUUCAGAUAUCUGUAUCUCCUGUGGCCAAGGCCACUGUCAGAGGAAAUAAUCUAAAUGUGGAUUCCUGUGUCUCCCUGGGCAGUUGGCCUUACAGCCAUCACUGCACAGACAGGAACCUCAGCAGUGACAGAAGAGAGAUCCAGGGAUGGGUCUUCUCUGACCCAGCCAGCAUCCCUAGUGACUGAGGUGGACGCGGACUUCAUUGCUCACCAAUUUUUAGCAACAUUGAGGCAGGGCUCACUCUCCUAAAUUGUAGGGAGAGGAGUAUUGUAGAGCCAAAAUAGUUGACGUCUAAUUUUCCUAGUGGAACAGUAUAUAUAGAUUUUAAUGAGGAACAUUUAUUUAACAGCUUUAUGGAGGUAUGAUUAACAUGCAAUAAACUGCAUAUAUGUAAAGUGUAAAAUGUGCUAUGUGUCAGCAUGUGUAUACACCUAUGAAACCACCACAGUCAAGAUAUCCAACACAACAAAAGAUUGUCCCUUUAUAAUCCUCAGUCUUUCCUCAUCUUGUUUUCCACAAUUCACAAGCAACAGCAAGCAUUUUCUAUAAUUUUAUAAAUGAAACCAUAUGGUGUGUACUUUUUAGGGGGUGGGGCUCUGACUUUUUCAGUAAACAAAACAAUUUAAAGGUAAACCAAUAUCUUGUUGCAUGAAUCAAUUGUUUACUCAUUUGUAUUGCUGAGUAGUAUUUCAUUGUAUACCACAAGUUUUCUUUUUUGUCAACUUAAUUGUUACCGAUGUUUGGGUAACUUUCAGAUUUUGGCUACUACAAAUAAACCUCUGAAGAUUCGUGUGCAA